AGGGCUCGCUGAUUGGCUGCCGUUCUCUUUGUGUGCGUGCAGCUGGCGUCUGGGCUGCAUUUUGAAUGGUCUCGUAUUGGAAGGCGAAGGUGUCCAUGGGCAGCACAGCAACAAAGGAGCCAGGAUGGUGUUAGUGCACGUCGGAUAUCUGGUUCUUCCCGUCUUCGGCUCGGUCAGAAGUAGAGGAGCACAUUUUAGCAGGCACCAGCAUAGUCAUGCUACCUCCUGCCGGCAUUUUCACCUGGCUGCUACGGCAACGUCGCUGCCUGCUGAGUUCCCGCCCCCUCCCCUCGCCCCGCCUCAGUACCAGGAAAUCCCGCCCCCUUUCUUACCUCAGGCCUUACAGCAGCAAUACCUCAUCCAGCAACAGCUACUGCAGCGCAGACGCACACAGGAGCGAGUCCCACUGAACACGCAUCGGUUACGUCCAGGAUAUGAAUAUGCUCCGCCCCUCCAUGUCCCUCAGCCAAUCCCACAGCAGCCCAGAUACCUGGCAGAAGGCACUGAUUGGGACCUAAGCGUGGACGCAGGAGUGCCGUAUCAGUAUCCUCUGCAGCAGAUCCCUCAACCCUACCAGCAUUACCUGGCCUCUCCCAGAAUGCACCACCUCCCCAGAAACACCUCCUCCACCCAAGUGGUUGUCCAUGAGAUAAGGAAUUAUCCAUAUCCACAGCUCCACCUGCUGGCGCUGCAGAGCUUGAGUCCCAGCAGACACUCGUCUGCUGUUCGAGAGAGUUAUGAGGAGCUGCUACAGCUGGAGGAUCGACUGGGAAGCGUCAGCCGAGGGGCCAUACAGACCACCAUAGAGAGAUUCACCUUCCCCCACAAAUACAAGAAGCGGAAGCCGCUGGAUCUGAAGUUAUGUGAGGAAGAGUUGGAUAUGGAUGAGAAAUGCACCAUUUGCCUCUCCAUGCUGGAGGAUGGAGAAGAUGUCAGGCGUUUACCCUGUAUGCAUUUGUUCCAUCAGGCGUGUGUGGAUCAGUGGCUGGCCACCAGUAGGAAGUGUCCCAUCUGCAGAGUGGACAUCCAAACACAGCUCACCCCCGAGAGCUGAAACACACCCGGCGAAAUAACACGCAUUAACAAAUAACUCACACACACAUGCUCUAUUUCACUCUUAUACAUCCACAGACAUUUCCAUCCACACACACACACUGUAUAUUACCUACACACGUGUAUGAUGAGCCAUCCGACACACACUAAACACACACUUACACGCUUUACUGAGCCAAUGACAAUAACUGACACUACACACUCACACACACUCACACACACACGUGCUGGUAGAAACUAAAAGGGUCUGUCGUGAGGAGUGAUUCUGUCUGUAGGGAAAUGGUGUGUGUCUGUAGCAUACGUGUGUGUAUUUGUGCAAUUUCUUAAGCCAUGAACUUUACUAAAGACCCUCCCUUUGCAUACAAUACACACACACACACACACACACACACACACACUUACACACUAAAUAUAAUAUAUACACGAUGGCGGAUAAGACACUGUCAAAUCUAGCUGCUGGAGUGUGUGUCCACUGUAUUUCUGAUCGGCAAUACUGCUUUAGUCUUACACACUGGAGCUACUUCGGCUUGCGUGUGUGCGUUUGUGCGCUUGUUCACCAUUUUGGUGCGUGUAUGUGUGUUAAUAUUUUCAUGGGUUAGCGGUGCACGAUGGUACAUGUAGAGAAGCCAAAAAAGAACACGCAACAACAAGAAAAAAAAAAUACGAAAACACAAAAGCAACUCAUUUCCGAGACAGCAGGAGGAGGGCUGUUGUCUUACAAAAAAAAAAGUAGGCGGAGAAUAUCGUGAUUGGUGGAUUCGUGUAGAUAGGCGCAGUAGUAGUUGCAUGCAUCUGUGCUUGGGUUGUUGUUUCAAGGUACACCUGGAAGCGUGUGUGCGCGAAUGCAUGGAUGUGUAUUAGCUCCUUUAAGCUGUGACGAUCCGUAACAUUAUCAGACUCAUGUAGCGUGUGUGUGUGCGUGAGAGAGACCCUGCCAUGACCUUUGACCCUAAAUGCCUACUGAAAAAAGCACAUGUGAGUAUAGCUAAAGUGCCCGGCCUUACUCUGGUGCUGCGCUGCCAUGGUUACUGUAUUUAUUAUUGGUAUUUAAAACAUGCAGUGUUUGGAGGGCUUGUGUGUGUCCAACGGUGUUCUUGUGUGACGGGUCUCCCCUCGUGGUUGCUAUGCUGGUUGCUAUGCUGUAUUGCUAGAACUACAAUGUAGAAUGUCGUGUGAUAGAGGACCAUCCGCCAACAGCACACAAGCAGGUCGAGACAGACGAGCGCGAUGCCGGAAUUAUUCGUAUUUGGCCUGAAACAUACGCAGGUAGUUUUCUGUUUCAGCUCAAAUUUCAUGAAUCUUGCUGAGCAAGUUAAAGUUGACAUGUUUACAGCUAGCUACACAAACAAUAGCACAUCCGGUUUAAUGGUGCAGAAGUUUGAACACUGGCGCCCUCUUGAGCACUGAAGUUUGCAAAAGUGCACAUUAUGCAAUGCGUAUGUUUCUGGCCUUAGUUGUUUAUAGGAUUAAUCACUUUAGUUGUUUUUAAGUUUAAUUUUAACAACUUGCAACAAGGAUAUUCUUUUUAUAUGGAUAGUUUUUUCCCAAAAUGUCUGGUUCAAUUUUGCUUGAUUUGUAAAUUUGACAAUUUCUCUCAUGGUCUGUUUCAGGGUGUGUUUAAAAUCUAGCAAUCUACCCUAUAUAAGUAGUUAACUAUGUAAGCUUGUUUCCACUAUGGG